AUGCGCUUCCCAGAAUGCUUCAAUAAAACUAUUGAUAUUCCAAGUAAUACUGAACGAGUUCCAUUAAAUGAAGAAAAUCCUGUCUCAACAUCAUGCUUUCUUUUCAAGAAAUCGUCAAGUCGUGGUCACAGUUAGUCAUUUGGCGCAGUUUUUUCUGGACC